GCAGUAUGGAUACUGCACCAGAUCCUGCUCCUGUGAAGCAAAUGGAAACUCUGUUAGAGUGUUCUGUUUGUAUGGAGACAUUAACUCAGCCACGGACAUUGUCAUGCUAUCAUUUGUUUUGUAAACACUGCUUGGAGAAUUAUGUCGCCGCUCAUCGCGAGAAGGCAGUUGAAGCUAAAGCGAAAGUACCAGAAAUCUUCGAAUGUCCAUUAUGCCGCACGGAGUUUUCAGUCAAAGAAGGUGAAAAUAUUGGGGAGAAAAUACCAGCAAACCACUUUAUUAACAACCUGUUGGAAUUGCUCAACAUACAGCAACAAGCCCAUCAUGUAAAAUGCCAGUCGUGUAAAGCGAACGCUCCUGCAGCCAGCAGAUGCAUAUCGUGUGAGAAAUUUCUGUGUGGAAAGUGUCUGGAAACCCACAACAACUGGACAGACUUUGAGGAUCAUGUCGUGUUUACGUUGGAAGAAUUAGCGAAGCCUGAAAACCGAGCGAAGGUAAAGGGCAAACCUCGUUGCGAGAAACACGACAAAAUACUCAAAUUCUACUGCGAAACAUGCAAAGUCCUUGUUUGUCGAUACUGCGUGGAUGUUAAUCACACUCGGCCUGAACAUACGUGGUUCCAUUUGACAGACGUUGUUGUACAGCACAAGGAAGCUUUGAAAGCAUCUUCCGAUAUAUUCGAGAAGCAAAAAAAUGAUGCAGCCGAGAGUAAUCGUAGGAUUAAGGAGGUAAUGGCGAUCCUGAAGAACAACGCAACAAAAGCAAGAGACGCCAUUAAGCAGCAACAACAGGAUAUUCUGAAUGCGUUUACCAAGAAACUCGAGAAAGAAACGACAGCCUUGCUUGACCAAGUUGAGAUAAAGUAAAGAGAAGCCAACAAGCCCUUGUUGAAACAACAGGGUAACGUG